UGCACAAAAGAUAGUUGAAGCUUGGAGCUUCCAGUGAAAUGUCGACAGAUUCGAACUGUCCCAACUGCGAUUCACAUACCAUGGUGAGGAGAAGUCGCCUGGCUAUCUCGCGAUUCAAGAAGCUUAAGAUGGAUUUUUGUGCAAUAUGCUGCGGUCAUCGAUAUUGUGGAGUCGGCAUUUAUGAAUCCUACUACAAAUGCAGUUCCUGUGGCUGGAAAGGCGAUCCUAACCGAUCCCCCUAAGAUGGCAUACGAAUCUCAAUCUGAAAUAAAAUAGGAAUGCUGUUGCAUUUCUGUUUACCACAGAGUGCAGAUGAAAUAUAUAUACACGAGCUUUUGAGCUUUGGAAAUGCACUUUGAAAAAUUCCAAAGCAGCAAGCCUAUACAUGAACUUUAAGUGUAAUAUGUUUUAAGCAAUAAAAUACGUAUUUAUUUUUCC